ACAGAGUGGGCAGUAAAAUAGGCAACAUACCGGAUAUGCUAUUCGUUGUUAGUUGAUCACUCGUUGGUGUCUUAAUUUCUCGUUCCUUUACAUCGAGUUAUGAAAAUAUUUUUUAAACCUCUUUGAGGACGGUCGUGACAUUUUAUAUAUUUUAACUAUUUUCGAAAACAGUAAAAAUUUGAAAAAUCGCAUAAAAGUGAUAAGAAAGUAACGAGGAAAUUAUUUCGAUUGCAAUUCACUGAAAAAAAAAAUUACUUCAUUACUAAAUUUAUACAGAGAGAUAUAAGACAAAGUAAAGAAAAGCUGAAACAUUAAGACGUACCGCAGCGAUAGAUAUCGUUGUAAACUAAAAAGAAAGGAAAGUGAGCAGCUAUUUAACAGAGGAAAAAAAUAAUAAUAUAAGAAAAAUGACAUCGCUGGAACCGAAUGUGAAUCGCCUGCAGAAUUUCAAAAAUAAGGGCAAGGAUCAAGAUGAAAUGCGACGUCGCCGAAAUGAAGUAACAGUAGAGCUGCGCAAAAAUAAACGCGAAGAGACGAUCCUGAAACGUCGCAAUGUUCCCAACAUGGAUUCGAAUACAGAUGAGGAUGAUCAGCUGCCAAAUACAAUCAAUCUGAAGAAAUUGGCCGAGGCUGCUGCUGAUGCUUCAAAACCUGAGCAACAAUUGGCCGCAGUUCAGGCUGCACGUAAACUUCUCUCCUCGGAUAAGAAUCCGCCAAUCAACGACCUCAUCAAGAGUGACAUUCUGCCGAUUUUGGUAGAUUGUCUAAAACAACACGAUCACACAAUGUUACAGUUUGAAGCCGCCUGGGCAUUGACCAAUAUUGCCUCUGGUACAUCAGAUCAGACUAAUCAGGUUGUCGCUGCUGGUGCAGUGCCGCUCUUCUUGGAGUUGCUCUCUUCGCCCGCACCCAAUGUUUGCGAACAGGCCGUUUGGGCUUUGGGUAAUAUCAUCGGUGAUGGACCGGAAUUGCGUGACUUUGUCAUUAAGCAUGGCGUUGUUCAGCCCUUGCUGUCAUUUAUUAAGCCUGACAUACCAAUUUCAUUUUUGCGCAACGUCACAUGGGUGAUUGUGAAUUUAUGCCGCAAUAAGGAUCCACCACCACCAGCCGCCACCAUACACGACAUCCUGCCCGCACUUAAUGUGCUGAUCCAUCACACGGAUACCAACAUAUUGGUAGAUACUGUUUGGGCUAUCAGCUAUUUGACCGACGGUGGUAAUGAACAAAUCCAAAUGGUGAUUGAAAGCGGUGUCGUACCCAAGCUGAUACCAUUGUUGGGACAUGCGGAAGUUAAGGUGCAAACGGCGGCUCUUCGCGCUGUCGGCAACAUUGUAACCGGAUCGGAUGAACAAACACAAGUGGUGCUCAACUACGACGCGUUGUCGUACUUCCCAGCUUUGUUGUCCCAUCAGAAAGAGAAAAUCCGCAAGGAGGCUGUCUGGUUCCUUUCCAAUAUUACAGCGGGUAAUCAAUCACAAGUGCAAGCGGUCAUCAAUGUCGGCCUAUUGCCGAAAAUUAUUGAAAAUUUGAGUAAAGGUGAAUUCCAGACACAGAAGGAGGCUGCCUGGGCAAUUAGUAAUCUGACUAUUAGCGGUAAUCGCGAUCAGGUGUUCACAUUAAUAAAGGAAGGUGUCAUACCGCCCUUCUGCGAUUUGCUCAUUUGCAUGGACACACAAGUUCUUAACGUUGUGCUUGAUGGUCUCAAUAAUAUGCUCAAAAUGGCCGAGAAUCACGUACAAGAAGUUGCCAAUUUAAUUGAAGAAUGUGAUGGUUUGGAGAAAAUCGAAAAACUGCAAAAUCAUGAAAAUGUCGAGAUUUACAAAUUGGCAUACGAAAUUAUUGAACAAUACUUCUCCGAUGAGACGUCACAGAUCAGCCUCGCACCCACCAACGAUGGCACACAAUUCCAAUUUGAUCCAAACGCCGAUAGCAAAUUACCAAUGAAUUCUUUCAACUUUUUAAAUUAGCACGGCUGCUGUGGAUAUAACAUUAGUUUAUCAGUAAAGCUACUACCACCAACACGACCGCGACUAGCACCUAAACAGCUACCACCACCAAUUACAAAUAAAACAACAACACGACAUACUGUUAAGCCAAUAUUCGCCAGCCUAUUGACGUAUCAAAUAUUGAAAACGACAACACCGGCAGCGACGGCCAAGUGUUGAACUGACUGACUGACAGCAAAGUUAAAUUUGCAAAACAAAAAUACAAGAUGAAAAAACGGAGGAAAUGAAACAAAAACAAUUAUAAAAAAAAAUAAAAUAAAAUACACAGACAACAAAACAGGAUUAUUAGUAGAGAAGAAAAUCAACAGUACCAGCAGCAAAUGAAAUACUAAGGAAUAUGAAGAAUUGACAUCGGCAAAACAUCAAUAGAAUUGCAUUGGAUAUGUUGUUGUCAGCUACAUCACAUUCACAAAACGAGCAUUUUCAUAAAAAUUGAAGCGAAAUGCAGGGGAGCGGCAACGUGACAACGUAACGCUUACAACAUUUAGCGGCAAUAAUUAGUGAAAAUGUACGACAAACAACAACAACAAUAACACGUACGAAAUGAAACAUUAGCAGCAACAACAACAGCAAUUAUUAAAUAGUUCGCAAGUCCAAGUUGAUUAUAAUUAUAAUUAAUAUUAUAUGAAACAAAAUUAUAUACAUACAUAUAUAUGCAUAUAUAUACAUGGAAUUUUUUGAGUUUAAGGAUUAUAGAGAAAAACGAAAUGAAACAUAACAAACAAAAAGUCUACUGUCACAUCAACAACAUCGGCAUUCUAAAGUAUUCCCAUCAAAUAUAGUAACAGCAAUUGCAUUAUCAUAAUCAUAAAACUCGAAAACGCAAAAAUGAUAAACCUAGAUUGAAAACAGACAUUGAAAGGUCAUCGAAAGGUCCAUAUGCAGAAUGUGUGAACGUGAUUGAAGUUGAUGUGCACUAUUGUAAAAAUAGAAUUCGCUUGUAAAAGCAAGUGAAAUUAUAAAAUAUUUAAAUAGGUUUCUUGAUUUAUUUUUAUAGUUUUAGAUUUUUUUGUGUAUUUUAAUUACUUUACGAAAUUUGCUUAUUAAAAUUUAUUUAACUCAUAACGCGUAACAUGAUUUACUCUAUUAUUUCUAGCUUAGUUCCGAACCUCAAAUCGGCUGAAUCAAAAUUUAUAAGAUUUGAAAAAAAGGAAAAAGACAUUGCGACAAUGUAUAGAACGUUUUCAUUUCGUACUAUUUCCAUCUUGGUUUUUGGUAAAAAAAAAAAAUACAUGCCCUCACAAGCCAGUUAGUGCGUCCAAACGUAGCUGCAAUUUUUUUUUUUUUUUAAUUUUAGCUAUUUUUUUUUUUUUGUUUGCACGUCAACUCUUCACGCAUACGCCCAUGAUCCUGCAACUUUACUCAACUCUUAUGACAUUCUUCGAGUUUUCAUGGUCCAUUUACUAAUUUGACAACUCUUUUAUUUUUAAUUGCCGCAUAACGUUAUGUAUAUAUGUGUAUCGUUCAUACUAAUAGCAAUCCAAUGCCAUUACAUUUAUAUAUGCCAGUGCAAAAAUAAGCCAGUUGCGGUAAUGUUUCUACGAUUAACUUAUGGGGCUUUUUUCUGGCUUUUUUGCAAUUUAAGUUUUCACCAAAAAGUUUCUUACCGUAUUAUUAAUAUGAGCAUAUAGAGACUCACAUAUGUACAUUCGUUCUGCUGACAUUAUUUUCAGGACCUAACAUUUUUUUUUUUUGUUUAAAUUUAAAAAGUAUAAGUUUCAUACAUUUUUUAAGAAAUUGUAAGUACUUCGUUUAAUAAUUUCCUUCUGCUUUAUAUGCAUACGUGUAAAUGGUAUGUACUCGUAUUUUUACCUUUAACAACAUUUUCCAAAUGGCUGUGCCAUAUUCCAUGCUAGCAACCUCUCCUCCAUCCAACCAACGUGCACACACACAUAUACACGCAAUUACAAUGCCACACAUACAUAUGUACAUCGCAGACGAUUUUUUAUGCCUCUUGCGGUUUUAAUACAAUUAUUUUUACUUCGACCUUUUUGCCUUAAUAAAUAUAAUUUAAUCUUGCUCAAAUUCGUUCAUCUAUAAAAUUGAAUGCAAACACAAAA